AUGGAAUGUGGUGGAGUCAGGCCCUUUAUCGUCCCUUAUCUGGUGCCACCGAACACAACCUGGACGCCGCAAGACGGCUCCGAAAAGCUCCUUCCCCGUUCCACGGCAGCUAUUGAUGAGGCACCCCCCUCCAUUCUUGAACUGAUCGCCGGCCGCGCAUUCACUUCGGCGGCCAUGGCAACCUUUCGCCGCUUCCGUCCUGACGAUGUCAACAAGUUCUCUAAAUGCAACCUCGAUCCUUUGACCGAGACGUAUGAGCUGGCCUUUUACCUCCAGUACCAUGCCAAAUGGCCAGCCAUGUUCCAGGUGUGCGAGGACAUGAACGGCAAUAUCAUCGGCUACAUCAUGGGCAAGCUGGAGUCAUCGCCCGACGUCUACAAAUAUUCCGAACACUACCUUCCCUGGCAUGCCCACAUCACCGCUCUGACCGUUGCGCCAGAAGCGCGAAGACUGGGUAUCGGCAAGAUUCUCUCCGAACAGCUAGAAGCCGCAGCCGACGCCAACGAUGCCUGGUUCGUUGACCUCUUUGUUCGCACGAGCAAUCACAAGGCAAUUACAUUCUACAAGAGCAUGGGCUACAGCGUCUUCCGCGUGGUGAAAGAUUACUAUGGCGACCAUGCUACAGACCCUACCCGAGACGGCGAGGAUGCUUAUGACAUGAGGAAGCCAAUGAAGAGGGACGUCAAGCUCGAGCAUAUUAGAGACGAUGGGGAGAAGCACGAGGUUGACCCAUCUGAUGUCUGGUGA